AUGCCUGCAGACCGCGCCAACGAGGGCAAGACCCGCUCCCGCGCCGGCUGCCUCACCUCCGACAGGUCGCGGUCGCCACAGAAGUGCGACGAGACCCGCCUGUCCGAGAACCGCGGCGCGUGCAGGAGGUGCUUCACCGGCUCGUGGGACUGCCAGUGGCCCCUCCCGCCGGGCAACAAGCCCCUGCGCAGCUUCGUCAGCGGCAGCAAACGCGCCCAGGCCAAGGGUGCAGCCCGCCCUACCUCGGCGACGACGGUCGACGCUCUCGACGACGACCGCGACGUCGGCUCUCGCAUCGACCCGGGCCCGCUCCCUGUCCCACCGCCCUCUGGCAGCACCUACAUCCCGACAUCCGUGUCAUCGGCGAGCGCGAGCCUCGCAGCGUCGACCUCGGUCGGCGCCUCGCCAUUCCCUUUCCUCCCCUCGACCUCGACCUCAACCUCGUCCUGUUCCCUCCCCAUCUCGUCCCUCCUCCCGACCGCCUCGUCAACCGCCGGCUCGUCAACGCCCAACCCGUACGCCGACCUCGACGUCCUCGCGCCCGCUUCGUCCUUUUCGGCGUUCCUCGCCCCGCCCGAACAGCUCGGCGACGACCUGUCGCACUUCUUCUCGUCCCUCGACGCCGAGGUCGGCUACUGGGACUCGCUCCAGUCGCAGGUCCGCGUCGACGGGCCCCGCGUACCCGCCGUCGACGCGGACCCGAGCGCGCCGAGCAGCGCCGUCGAGUCGGGCUCGCCAACCGUCCUGUACGCCGGCGCCGGCCUGACGCCCCUCGCCGAGGCCGAGGCGGCUGCGCAGGCGCAUCGCGACCUCGACCUGGUCCGCGAGCGCGUCGACGCCGAGGACGAGACGGUCCGGGCGCUCCUCGAGGCGGCGGCCAGCACCGGCUCGGCGGCGUCUGCUGUACCUUCGCCGCCGCCGCCUGCCGCCGUCGAGACGGUCGCGGCGACCUCGUCGACAUUCACCUCACCGGGUCGCAAGGAGAAGAGGCCUCGUGCGCCCUCGGUUCCGCCGCCGUCGUCAAAAGUACCACGCCUGGACUCGCCCGCACCCGGCGAGGAACUCGAGCCCGUCGAGGUCGACCCGAUCUACAACACGUUCAACGCCGGCUUUUUCCGCUCGCUGCCCAAGCCCGUGCGCGAGGUCGUCGUCCAGAAGGCGUACAACGUCGCCGGCUCGUCCGACCUGAGUCGACAUGCCGCCAUGGCCAUGGUCAUGCUCUACCGCCUCCGCAUGCAGCAGCAGGCGCAGCAAGCCUCGUCCGAGCCGCUCAGCGCCGCAGAAGUCGCCACCGCCUCUGAGCAGCACGCCAAGCUCCUCGCCCAGUCGGAUCACUACUUCCAGAAGGCGCUCGAGCACCUGCAAGCGCCGAUCCCGUUCGAGGCCAAGAUGGUCGCCGUCCUCGACAUGCAGACGUACCAGUUUGACCAGUGGGGCGCGGCGGCGGCCAACGCCAUCCUCCUCCUCGCCGAACUCUUUAUCAACGAGGCUCUCGGGUCGCAACCCGCGAUCGACCUGUCGGACAUGCGCGACCCCAAGAACGUCCUCCUGUCGGCUGUCGCCUGGUCCGACUGCGUCCGCUGUAUCUGCAUCCCCCGGCGUCGCACCAUCUUUGCGUUCUCGGGCCUGCCCGGCGAGCCCUCGGCGACGACGCCCGAGGCCGUCGUCUCGGACGUCUCGUCGCACUCGAACUCGAUCGACGCCCACCUCGGCCUGCCGCUCGGGCUCCUCCUGUGCGUCGCGGCGACGGCCAACCUCGGCGCCGAGAUGGACGCGCUCCCGGACGAGGUUGUGCGCGUCAAGGCGGCCGCCAUCGAGAACGCCAUCCGUGAGUGGAAGCCGGCGCCGCCCAACAUCGAGGACCUGGCCGACAGCGCGUGGUACAUCGACAAGCUCUCGAGCGCAGAGAUGUGGCGUCACGCCAUCAUCAUCUUCCUGUACCAGGUCGUCCACCGUCACGGCCCCCUGUCGCGCGUCAUCCGCGAGGCCAUGCAGCAGAUCCUCCAGCUCGGGUCCCGCAUGCUGCAGCAGUACCGAGCGCCGCUCGGCUCGCUCGCGACGGCGGCAGCGUCGUCAGCGGCGGCAUCCUCGAGCGCUGCACACGUCGCGGGCCUCGAGGCGGCGACAGCAGCAGGAGCGCCAGGCGGCGCCGCGUCGUCAUCGGCGCCCGUCCCUCCCGGUCCCGGCGAGGAGGAGUCCCUCUCGGCGCCGUCUAUGCGCGCCGUCCCCUGGUUCCUCGCCGGGACGUGCGCCCAGCUCCCGUCCGACCGGGCCUUGUGCCGGCGCGGCAUCGAGGUGUGCGGGCGGCAGCAGGGCUACCGCGACAACGUGAGCGCGCUCGAGCGGAUCUGGGACGUGACGGACGAGAAGGGGUGGACGGUCGACUGGAGGAGCCUGCUCCAGGCCGAGCAGAGGUUCGUCGGGUGGCUGUGAGCGGGUGCAGUUGGUGCGCUCGGCUCGUUGUACAGCAGGGUCUCUCUCUCGUCGCCUCUUCCGUACCGAGCGUCCGGGUCUGUCCGUUUUCUCGGUCUCUCUCUGUCAUACAAAGCCUGUGACGUCCU